AUGGUGCCCCCGCCGCUGGACAACAACAACAACAACAGCAGCAGCAGGGGAGAGGCAUAUGAUGCUGCUGCUUACCCUUCCUCCCAACACCACCACCAUCACCAGCGCAACAAAUCCUCCGUCUUCCGCUCCUUCAUCAGCGGCAACAGCAACAGCCACAGCACUCCUACCCCCCCCGUCCACGGCCACCCCCAUCACAAGCGCAACAACUCCGACGGCACAACCACCCUCCCCCCACCAAACAUAGCCACCAACCCAGACUUUUACGCCUCGGAGCAAAACCUCGCCGCCAUCAACCGCGCCGGAGUGUACCACGUAGGCUGGGAACCGCCCACCUCCCCGGUCAUGCCCCCGACAAACCCAAUCAGCACAAGCCGCUACCCCCCCAUAACCCGGCACGGGUACGCCCUGGAGGAAUUGGUUCAGAACCGUCAGGAUAACACCCGCUCCCCCGCUGCUGAACGUCCACCCCCCGUUCCGAGAGGGCGGUUCGACCCGCAAUACACCUCCAACAACCCCCCGCCAUCCUCCCCGACAAAACUUUCUUCUUUUUCUACCCUCAAGGCGCUGGGGACUUCCAAACCGCCCAAAUCAUCAUCCUCGCCGGUUAAGCCGAAAAAGGCGAAAUCGGCCACCAAUCUUGGGGGGUUGCUUCUCCGGCCGAAGAGUUAUAAGAACCUCAAGAACGGGGAGGAUGAGAGCGGGCAGGGGAAGGACAAGGAGAACCGCUCACCGGGGGGAGUGGAGAGUCCGCCCCCGAUCUACGCCCAGUUUGCGAGCGGGGGGUUGAGCACCAGUCCGCCGGUGGAGUUGCCUAUCAGGAACAGCAGCUCGGGGACUCAUUCUGUGAUUCCAGGUGGUGGGGAUAAAGGAGGAGGGAAAGGGGAAAGGGGGGGGGAUGGGGUCUCGAGACCGCCAAUCACGACGAGGCCGGGGGGGAUGGGGGUUAGGCCUCGGCCGAAGAGCUUCACGAGUUAUGUUACGGGGAGUGGGCUGAGGGAUAAGAGUAGGGAACGGGGGGAGGAAGAGCGGGGGAGGGAGAGGGAGAAAGGGGUGGGGAUCAGUUUCAAGAGGUUGACUUGGGGACGGGGGGGGGAUAAGAACAAGGAUUCUGGGGGGGUGGUGGUGGGGGAGAGGCCGCCGGCUGGUUUGAAUAACCAUUUGGGUGGAGGGUCGGGGAGUUCAAACAGGAGCAAGAGCACCACGCGGGUUCCCAACGGCGGGAGCGGCGGGAGACCCAGGGGACGAGCGGGGAGCAAUACUGCCGACUUACCGGCUAUUGAGCCGCAGGAUAUUGACAGGCAUCUGGAGGCUAUGCUUGACAGGAGGAACAUCCCUGAGAAUCAGCGGUACAAGAUGAGGAACUUGUCCGACACGGUGAAGAUGGAGUUUAUUCGUCAGGAUUGGGCCGAGAUGGUGGCCAAAAAGAAUGAGGAGGUGGGGAUGGAGGGGAGGCAGAGUGUGAAUCUCGCGCGGGGGUCGAUGGAUGUUGGAGCGAGGGGACGGCCGACGGAGAGGGAACUGGAUGAGGCAGCGGCCGGGGAUAAGUCGACAAAGAAGAAGAAGCACGGGAGGGGGUUGUCUUUGACGCUUGGGAGGGGGAGGUGGGAAGGGGAUGGGAGUGGUGGUGGUGGUGGUGGUGGUGGCGGGGAGAAGAGCCCGACGAAGAAGAAGGGGGAUAGUAGUCUCGGGAGGCAUUUUAGGGGGAAGAGCAGCAGUGAGAGUUUGGUUGGGGGGAGAGUGGGGGGAGGGACAGCAGGGGAGGGGGGAUGGGCAGCAGCUGACGGGCGGGGGCUGUAUACUGGCUUCAUAGCCAAGGUGAAGGGCCAGCAGCUGCCGGGGGACUUUGUCAGUUAUUUGCGCAAGGUUCAGAAGCCGGAGCUGGUGGAGGUGGGGAAGCUGCACAAGUUGAGGUUGUUGUUGAGGAAUGAGACGGUGGCGUGGAUCGAGGAGUUUAUCAGGCAGUGCGGGAUGGAGGAGAUUGUGGAUUUGCUGAAGAGGAUCAUGGCGUUGGAGUGGAGAGAGGAACACGAAGACGCGCUCCUCCACGAAGUCCUCCUCUGCCUCAAGGCGCUCUGCACCACCUCGCUGGCGCUGAAAUACCUCCACACCAUCCACGCGACCCUCUUCCCCUCUUUGUUGCAUCUCAUCUUUGACCCCGAAAAGAAGGGGCCGUCCGAGUUCACCACGAGGAACAUUAUCACUUCCAUCCUGUUCACUUACAUCCAGCACGCGCCCUCUCCCGGCGAGAAAAUCACCCGCGCCAGCACCGUCUUGUCUUUUCUCCGCGACCCUGACCCGAUAAAAACAAGCCAGACAAUCGAGUUCAUCGCCCAGAUGCAGAAACCGCGACCCUACCGGGUCUGGAACAAGGAGGUGGUCAACGUCACCAAGGAAGUCUUUUGGAUCUUUCUGCACAACCUCAACAUUGUAGCCUUGCCCCCUCCACGGGAUGAGACCUCGCCUGAGAUUGUGUUUACUCACGAGGGGUACAUGGAGCGGCAUUUCCCACAGGAACGACCUCCCGUUCCGGCGGCGCCCUACGUCGGGGGUGUGGAGUGGGACGCGACGAAUUAUUUGGCUUCUCAUUUGGACCUGCUGAACGCGAUUAUUGCGUGUACGGGGCCGACGAGGGAGGAGAGGAAUCAACUGAGGGAAGAGCUGAGGGUUAGCGGUUGGGAGAAGGCGAUGGGGGGCACGAUGAGGAUGUGCAAGGAAAAGUUUUAUGGGGGCGUUCACGAUGGGCUGAGGACGUGGGUCAAGGCGGCGGUGGAGGACGGGUGGGAUGUGAGGGAUGUCAGGUUUGGUCCGCCGGUGGAGGCCAAGUCGAGGGGGGCGAGCCCGGCCAAGAAGCAGCAGCCGCCUGUCCAGCCGCCGAGGUUGGAGAUGCCCAAGUUUGACUUUGGGCCGUUGCCGCAGGUUGUUCCGGCUGUUGUUGGGGACGGUGGUAGUGGGAGUCAAGGGGUUGGGUUGGGGAUUAAUACUUCUGUUGCGCAUGUUGGUAACGGUGGUGGUGGUGGAGGUGGAGGGAUGACGCCAAAGAUUGGGACGCCCAGGGUGGGGGGGGUGGUGAAGGCGGAUGAUUUUUGGUUGUCUUGA